CUUCCAUCUGUGGGGAGAGGCCAGAUGAAGGCUGUCUGAAACCUCUGGGACCUCCAAUCCACAGACACCUUCCUCCGGCCUCCCAUUGCCCAGACUGCUCAGCCCUCCUUUGAGGCGGCCCAGCCAGUGGGCACCUGCCCACACAGUGCCAGGGGUGGCUCCUGAGAAAGGGGAGAGUUGAGGUGUGAUGCCUAGUAGGACCUUGAGCAAGCACCCAGCCUCUCGUCCAAGUUUCCUCAGCUGUCAAAUGGAGCGCAAGGGAGAUUUUGUCAGACUGGAUGUGCUACUGUAUAGUUUCACAUAGGGCUGCCUCGUAGAAAGCGCUUAAAAAGUGGCUCUAUUACCCCAGUACGUAUUUCUACAUAAAACGUAUUUCUAAUCCCUACUCUCUCACUUUCGUGUUAGGCCCCCGAAGGAUUUCUGGGUGACUCUCCAGCCCCCAGGCCAGAGUCCAACUCCCACGAAGAGCCAACGCAAAACAGGACUCAGGGAACAACUCCUCGCCCGCCCCUUCCGAGCCCGGCAUGGACUACAAAGCCCAGAAGGCACCGCGCACCACGCCCGCCUCACCUGACCGAGGGGCACGGCGUGCGGCACAGCUCGCUCCAUCUCGAGAACUACAAGUCCCAGAGUGCUCCGCGCGCGACGCAAUCUCACCAAUCCCGACGUGCACGCGAGCGGCUCUCCUUCCUGGCACCCCGCCGCCCCAACACCGCUGGCCAACGUGGCGCGAAAGCAGCUGCCGCGUACCAGCCCGAGCCCCAGGAACCGAGGUGACCGCCGCGAAGAUCCCGGACACUAAGUGGCGCCCACCACAGCCCCGCUACGCCGGAUCCCCUCCCCCACCCUGCCAAACAGACCCGCCUUCCAGCCGCGCGCCGCCCGUCUUCCACGCCUGCGCAGAACCUCCCCACUGCGCGCGCCUAAGGUCACGCCCCUCGCGUUGGGCCACGCCCUCAGGCUCCGCCCCUGUCGCCUGGAUCCCACCCCUGCCCACAGGACCCCGAACCCCCAUGAUCCUGCAGCAGCCCCUGGAGCGAGGCCCCCCGGGUAGGGCCCAGCGCGAUCCGCGGGCUGCCUCGGGGGCGCCCCGAGGCCUGGACACGAGCUCCCCUCUCCGAGGAGCUGUGCCCAUGAGCACCAAGCGGCGCCUGGAGGAGGAGCAGGAACCCCUGCGCAAGCAGUUCCUGUCUGAGGAGAACAUGGCCACCCACUUCUCUCGACUCAGCCUGCACAAUGACCACCCUUACUGCAGCCCCCCCAUGGCUUUCCUCGCAGCUCUUCCCCCACUCAGGAGCCCUUGCUCUGAGCUGUUUCUCUGGCGCUACCCUGGGAACCUGAUCCCCGAGGCCCUCCGGCUACUGAGGCUGGGGGACACCCCCACCUCCCACUACCCUGCAACCCCAGCUGGGGACAUAAUGGAGCUCUGAGUGCUGGCAGGCGGUGCCCCUACUUGCCUUCCUUCUUCACAACAGAGGAGACCAGCACCCCCACGAAGGGACCAGCUGCCCCGCUCUUCCUCCAGACCGGGCCUCUGGGCACCAGGACCUUCCUCUAACAGAGGAGGACACUGAGCUCACAGAGCCCUGGGGUGGGAGGAGCAGGAACAUGGGGAGAGAGCUCCCUCCCCCGGGAGAACUGAAUAAAGAUUGCUGAGUAAAUGAAA